GCGAUAUAUGUUCUGCAGGUCUCAACCACUAGCCAGACAGCGACAAACGAACAGUCCAAAAACGAAAAAAUGAGAAAUAUUUGUUGAAAAUACUAAAUAAACCAAUCACAGUGUAAGGUAACUACUCAAGUGCACUUUACUUGGCCCGGCUGCCAAUGGUAACGUUGAGGUCAACGGCAAAAACCGCAGUUAGCCGUUUGGAAGAUGUGCGCAGCGAUUCAUUGCUGGUUGAUAUAAGCAAAGCAGGCUGCAAAACAGAGCCCAACAACAAAUAGUAAACGGUGCAAUCCCAACAAAGUUUGGCAGCAGCAACUGCAACCGGAGCAGCAGUAUUGAAUAGCAACAGCAGCAACAGCGAAGAGCUUUAGCAGCAGCAGGUGAUGGCCGCCGCGUCGCCAGAUGCACAGCUGGCUGCCAAUGUGGACUUCAGCGAAAUCACGCUCGGCGAGAAAGUCGGCCAUGGAUCAUACGGUGUUGUAUGCAAGGCUAUCUGGCGCAAUCAGUUGGUGGCCGUCAAAGAGUUCUUUGCCAGCGCCGAACAGAAGGACAUUGAGAAGGAGGUCAAACAGCUGUCGCGUGUUAAGCAUCCAAACAUUAUUGCACUGCACGGCAUCUCCUCGGCUCAGCAGGCCACAUAUCUGAUCAUGGAGUAUGCCGAGGGCGGUUCCCUGCACAAUUUUCUGCAUGGCAAAGUGAAGCCCGCCUACAGCUUGGCGCACGCCAUGAGCUGGGCACGCCAAUGUGCGGAGGGUGUUGCCUACCUGCAUGGAAUGGCACCCAAGCCACUCAUACAUCGCGAUCUUAAGCCGCUCAACUUGCUGUUGACCAACAAGGGUCGCAAUUUGAAGAUUUGUGACUUUGGCACUGUAGCUGACAAGUCCACCAUGAUGACAAACAAUCGCGGCAGCGCUGCUUGGAUGGCGCCCGAGGUGUUUGAGGGCUCCAAAUACACGGAGAAGUGCGACAUCUUUAGCUGGGCCAUUGUUCUGUGGGAGGUGUUGUCACGCAAGCAGCCCUUCAAGGAUAUUGACAAUGCCUAUACCAUACAGUGGAAGAUAUACAAGGGUGAGCGACCGCCACUGCUGGACAACUGUCCCAGGCACAUUGAGCAACUAAUGACAGCAUGCUGGAAAACGGCGCCCGAGGAUCGACCCUCAAUGAACUAUAUUGUGGGUGUAAUGAAUGAGAUUAUCAAAGACUAUGUUGGCGCCGAUAAGCCGCUAGAAUACGCGUUUGUCAACCAACAGAUUGUGACCAAAGAGAGCGACGGCACGGUAGCCGCUCAAUAUGAUGGCCAAAGUUACAGCUCCAGUGAUAUGAGCCUCGCGUCCACACAGCUGACGCCCACCAAUGUGCAAGGCACUGCGACUGAGAUUGCAACUGGCACUGGCAGUGGCACUAGCUCCAGUAACAACGAAUAUACCUCAUCAGAAAGAACGCCCACCAAUUCGGGCCAACUUGACAAUAAUGGGCUGUUCCAUAUGAGCAGCAGCAAUCGCUGGGAUGCCAUACCCGAGGAGGAAAGCGGCGAGAGCCAAAAUGAUAGCUUUAAUUUAACAUCAUCCGCAGAGGCAUCAAAGCGUUUGGAAACCAUACGCAACGGCAUGAUGCAAAUGGCCAAUAGGAUUAUGGAGCAACUCACACUGGAUGUUGAGCCGAAUGGUUUUGAUUCGCAUCGCAGCGAGAGCAGCCGCAGCAGUUCGCAUGCCAAAACUGAUGGUCGGGAACGUCUGACAGUGACGGAUACGAAGCCGGCAAUCAUGACCAGCAGCAGCAGCAGCAACAACAGCAACAGCAACAACACCACAGACCUCACUAAUAACAAUAAUAACAACCAGAACAAUAAUUCAAAUAACAACGAAAUCUAUUUGUCGAAUGGACUGCUUAGCCACGCCCCUAACGCUAAUGAUCCAAACGAUUGCGUCGAUGCCGAUUUGGAUGUGGACGCAGAUGCGGAUGUAGAUGCCGGCUGUGGUUGCACAGAGCAAUCAUUGGCCGAGAUCUUGGAUCCGGAACUGCAGCCAGAGCCACCCAUACCGAACAAUGUUGAAUCGCAGGCAAUCUAUCGCGAUCAUCGCCACAUGGCCAAGGAGUAUCUGAGCGUGGACACGAACCUCUACUAUGCGCAGGACUUUAAGGAGAAGCUGAUAUUGCAAAUGGAUCGCUUCGAGCGUGAACAAAAACAGGAGCUCUUGCGCAAAAUCAAAGACAAGGAGGGCCUGCAAAGCCUCUACAAUAAUCUGCAGCAGCAGUGGGAGAAGCUGCCAGCCGCACGCCAAGCAAACACUCAUGUGCGCCAACAGCCGACGGGGGUCGGCAACAGCCAAGAACUGGCAGGUGGCAUCGCCGGCGGCGACACCGUGGAGAAUGAUGGUUGGGUCGUUAUAGCCCCGCAUCAUAACACAUAGCUCUCUCAUGGUUGCUCUGGAAUCUAUGUGACCAAUAGCCGUGUACUUCCAUUUGUUCAACUUUAAUAACUUAAUUUUUAACUCUAAUUAUAGCAAUAACUGUAACAUGUAACUGUAACUGUAACUGUUCUUAAGUUAAGGCUCCUUUUAUUUUAGACAUAGCUCCUAGAUCUGAUCUACAUAUAUAUAUAUAUAUAUAUUAACGUAUAUAUAUAUAUAUGUCUUAGCGACGCCUAAGCGCUUAGUUUUAGCCGUGUUGCUUGUUUCACGUAUAUAUGUAUUUACUAUGAGAGUAGUCUAGUGUUAUGCAUGUGCAUAUGUAUGUGACGAUAUAUUAUGAUGUCCAUAUGUGUAUAUGAUGACAAACGCUUACCAAAAAUAUAUAAAGGUAUUUGUCAAUGGGUUGUAUGUCCGCUCCUU